CACAUAAAGCCUGAUCAGAGCAAAGAUCAGCAGCAGUUUGGACUGCAACAAUGACACAGACUCUUCUGUUGUUGGUCGUCUUCCUGAACGCCUCGCUCAGGCCCUCAGAAAGCCACAAUCCAACCUUUGAAGUGGGGAAAGACUAUGAGGUGGUUCGACCUGUCAGACUUCAUGCAGUAAGGAAAAGAAGCACAGAGUACCUCAGACCAGAGACGAUUAAAUAUGCAAUGACUGUUGGAGGAAGAGACAUUCAAUUACAACUUGAGAAAAAUAAUGAGUUACUAACCCGAGACUACACAGAAACCUAUUACCAAGACGAUGGAACCCGGGUAACCAGAAACCCACGUGAUGUCGAUCACUGUUACUACCAUGGACAGAUUGUGAAUGACAGCGAGUCAUCUGCUAGCAUCAGUACGUGUGAGGGACUGAGGGGUUACUUCCGGACGUCUGCCCAGCGGUACCUGAUUGAGCCUCUCUCUGGUGGCGACGAGGGCGACCACGCCGUGACCGCCGUCAACGACGGGAACUUGGCGCCUGCGGUGUGUGGCGUCACAAACACUUCCUGGGAGAAUGACGUGGAACCUCCAACAAGCCGGAGCCGCUCGAGAGCCGGGGGAGUUCCUGUCCUACAGCAGGAGAAAUACAUUGAACUAGUUCUGGUAGCUGAUAAUCGAGCGUACAUAAAGAUGAACAAAGAUCUGACCAAGCUGAGACAGAGGAUAUUUGAAAUCGUCAACUUUGUCAACAUGGCAUACAAACCCCUGAAGACGUUUAUCGCUCUGGUGGGGCUGGAGGUCUGGUCUAACAACGACCAGAUCUCUGUGACCAACCCUGCUGGCGCCAACCUGGAUGCUUUCAAGGUCUGGAGAAACUCUGAGCUGGUGAAACGGAUAAAGCACGACAAUGCUCACCUCAUCAGCGGGAUCGACUUCGAAGGAGCCACUGUGGGUCUGGCUUACAUCGGGACUCUGUGCUCUGACCACUCGGUCGGGGUCGUGCAGGAUCACACCGACCGAGCCAUCGCAGUGGGAGCGACUCUGGCCCAUGAGAUGGGCCACAACCUGGGCAUGAGUCAUGACGACUCCAGCGCCUGCUCUUGUUCUGGGGACAGCUGCAUCAUGGCGGCAGCUCUCAGCUAUAAUGUUCCACGGACGUUCAGUAGCUGCAGCUCCGCCAACUAUGAGAGGUACCUGACAAAUGGUAACCCCAGCUGCAUGUUCGACAAGCCAGACUUCAACAGGAUCCAGGCUCCAGGAGUCUGUGGGAAUGGAUUUUUGGAAAAGGGAGAGCAAUGCGACUGUGGCUCUGUGCAGGAGUGCACCAACCCAUGCUGCAACGCCACCAGCUGCACCCUGACCACAGGCUCGCAAUGCGCUGAAGGCGAGUGCUGCCACAACUGCAAGAUCCAGCCUCGCUCCAUCGAGUGCCGCAGGAAGCAGGACGACUGCGACCUGGCGGAGUACUGCGACGGGAAGAGCGCCACCUGUCCCGAGGACGUGUUCACGGUGAACGGGCUGCCGUGCGAUACAGGCCUGGGCUACUGCUACAACGGUCAGUGUCCACAGAGGGCAGCGCAGUGCAAGAAGGUUUUCGGCAACAGCGCCAAUGAGGCUGCUUCGUCUUGCUACAACCACAACACCAGAGGACUUUACUAUGCUUUCUGCAGACGCCUCUCCAACACCAACUUUAUUCCCUGCCAAAACCAAGAUGUUUUGUGUGGGAAGCUGUUCUGCCAGGACGGCAAUGCAAACCCAAUCUACGGCCAAAUGGUCACAAUCGGAAACUGCAAGGCGGCGUUCUUUACCGACUACACCAAAGACUACGGGCAGGUGGAUGAAGGCACCAUGUGUGGAGAGGGAAAGGUGUGCAGCCAGAACCAGUGCAUGGAUCUGGAGAGUGCGUACAGAAACACAAACUGCUCAGCAAAAUGCCCCGGCAACGCGGUGUGCAAUCACAGAGAUGAGUGUCAGUGCCUCCCCGGCUGGUUGCCUCCUAACUGCGGAGCAAAGGAUGAUGCUUUCAGUUCUCUGUCCACCGGAGCAGCCGUCGCCAUCUCCCUGGCUGUCAUUCUGGUGGUCCUCGGCCUGGUUUUCGGGGUUGUGGGGUUCAUGUGUAGGAAGAAACACGGUCCAGCCCUGCCAGUUUCACACAGGCAGACAAAAGCCCCAGCAGGAAGCAGCUCUGCGCCUCAUGUCAACCAGGAAUACACCAUCAGUCAGCCCAGGCCUCUCAGACAGGCACCUAAGCCCAAAGGCGCUCCACCUCCUCCACCUCCAGCAGGGAACCAACCCAAACCACCGAGCCAGAACUACGUCGCUGCACGCCAGGCUCUGAGACCCGUACUUCCCCCAAAGGCCUGAUGUGGAGCUGCAGCCUGGAGACCUUCCCUCUGGUCUCCAACUGGAGGCAGCUGGCAGGCCACAGGGACAGAGUCCUGUUUUCAUCAACUCCAACAGGAAGUACACCUGAACCCCAACAGGAAGUACACCUGAACCCCAACAGGAAGUACAAACUGAACUUGGCACCCUACUAUGGAUUUCACAGGGAUUCACUUGUUUCCUUCUGGCACUUUUAUGUACUGUAAAACUGUAACUGUAAUUAAUGUAUAUUAUGUUGUAACACUGUUGAGACAGAGCUGCUUUUAGCUGCAGUUUUUGUUUCUCUUUGACUCCUGCAGAACCGGCCCGUUUGAAAGCGGCGCGUUGGGCUGCAGUUACUGCAUGUUUGCAUUUCAUGUUCCAUAUCAAGCCAUGACUUUGUGCAUAAGAAACUGUGAAAUGUUUUUAUAUUUAUAUUUUAUUUACAUUGUCAAUGUAAUGUGCAAGCAGCGUCGUCGCAAAAUAGUUUCUUAGCCCCUGUUUAUAUCAGAGUCGCCAAAUCACCACGUCUGUCGGUGAUUUAACUUCAUUUCCAUGAGAAUAAAUCAUAACAUUGGCAGAAUGAACCCAGAAUACCUAAUGCAAGUUGUACAUUUGUAAUUAUUUGACUUUUGUUUCAUAAUCAAACUGUGUUAAAAUAGCAACACUGAUGAAACAGGCAGCAUUUCAUGUGAUUGUAAUUGUUAAAACUCAACAAAUAU